ACUGCUAAGCUUCUUCAGCUAAGAAUAACAGCGAGCUAGGCGGUUUGACAAGUUUAGAAGAAGUUAUGUCUGACUGUCCAGUGGACAUGGAGAAGCGUUUUCUAAAGAUGGAUGCUAUUCCUCGGCUUCAAGAACAGGAGUAGUGGAGAACAUCCGCAUGUGUACGACCCGGUACUGCUGACACAUCUACGACGAAGGGUUGGAUUGUUCAAGUCCCCGUAGCUAACAGCGGCUACCAGGCUAGGAGGCUAACUAAGUGACUAGCUUAUUGUAGCUAGUAAUGUCUCAAACGUUGCCAUCCUCUGAUAUGCUGGAAACACCACCUGGAUAUCCGUUUGAAGAAAUCAACUAUGAGGACAUUGAAGUGGAAGAGGUGGUGGGAAGAGGAGCCUUUGGGGUUGUGUGCAAAGCUAAGUGGAAAGGCAACGAUGUGGCCAUCAAGACCAUUGAGAGUGAAUCGGAGAGGAAAGCAUUUAUUGUUGAGCUCAGACAGCUUUCACGUGUGAACCACCCCAAUAUUGUGAAGCUGUAUGGUUCUUGUAAAAGUCCGGUCUGCCUUGUGAUGGAAUAUGCUGAAGGUGGCUCGUUGUACAAUGUGCUGCAUGGAGCUGAACCCCUCCCUUAUUACACAGCUUCCCAUGCCAUGAGCUGGUGUUUUCAGUGUGCCGAGGGCGUGGCCUAUCUCCAUGGCAUGAAACCUAAGGCGCUCAUUCACAGGGACCUCAAACCACCCAAUCUGCUUCUAGUGGCAGGUGGCACAGUGCUGAAGAUAUGCGACUUUGGAACGGCUUGUGAUAUUCAGACCCACAUGACCAACAACAAAGGAAGUGCAGCAUGGAUGGCCCCUGAGGUAUUUGAAGGCAGCAAUUAUAGCGAGAAGUGUGAUGUUUUCAGCUGGGGCAUCAUUCUCUGGGAAGUGAUCACUCGUAGGAAGCCCUUUGAUGAAAUUGGUGGACCAGCUUUUCGGAUUAUGUGGGCUGUUCACAACGGUACAAGACCGCCUCUAAUUCAGAAUUUGCCCAAACCCAUUGAGAGCUUGAUGACUCGCUGCUGGUCUAAAAACCCCUCUGAGCGGCCUUCCAUGGAAGAGAUAGUCAAGAUUAUGACUCAUCUAAUGAAGUACUUCCCAGGAUCAGAAGAACCUCUGCAGUAUCCAUACCAAUAUUCAGAUGAGGCACAGAGCACCUCUGCAAACAGUACAGUUUCAUAUAUGGACUACACUGGCACCAGCACAAGCAGCAGAAGUGACGUAAAUAUGGAGCACAGUGAUUCUCAAGGAAGCAAUGACACUAUCAAGAUUACACCUCAGUUUCCACCUCAUUUCAGACCAAAGGUAGACUCACUGAGGAAUUCAUCCUUGUCCAGAGGCGGCAGUGUUGAGAGCUUGCCACCAAGAAACCAGUGCUUUCCACCCACCGAUAGCAAACGAAAGAGUGCUGACCUGUCUGAGUUGGAUCCCACUAUGCAGUUUGUACCCACAGCAAGCACCCAGUAUAAGCGAGGCCAUCGCAAAACUGCAUCAUUCGGGACCAUUCUGGAUGUCCCCAAGAUCGUCGUCACAGCCACCUGUGAGGCUCAGAGACGUCGGUCUGUCCAGGACCUGCCAGGAAUUGUCACAGACUCCAGUCAGGAGAGCAGGAACAGCAGCCGGUCCUCCAGUCCAAGUGUGAGGCCACCUGACAAGCUAAAUAGCAGAAGCCACGACCCCACAGACACUAACGGCUCAGACAACUCUAUUCCCAUGGCUUAUCUGACCUUGGAUCACCAGCUGCAGCCCCUUGCUCCCUGUCCAAACUCCAAAGAAUCCAUGGCCGUGUUUGAGCAACACUGUAAGAUGGCCCAAGAAUACCUGAAAGUCCAAACAGAGAUCGCCCUGCUGAUUCAGAGGAAAAAGGAGCUCAUCGCUGAACUGGACCAAGACGAGAAGGACCAGCAGAACACGUCACGUCUGGUGCAGGAGCACAAAAAACUGCUGGAGGAGAACAAGAGUCUGUCUACAUACUACCAGAAGUGCAAAAAACAGCUGGAGCUGAUCCGGGUGCAGCAGCAGAAGAGACAGGGCACAUCAUAAGGACACGCUGCCUUACGAAGUGCUGCCACUCCUUCCUCCUCUAGCUGGCCAUCCAUCAUCGUCUCUCCUUCACUGCAACAGACUGUCCACCUCUCCUCAACACACAUACACACAAACACACACGUCCCCAUCCAGCAUGUCCUGCAUGUUGCAUUGACACUCAGCGAGAAGAUAGCUGUCCUUUGUACAUACAUCUGCACAUCUCUUCAGCAUCUUCUGUGACUAUAGACCACCCAGUCCCUGCUCACUCAUUCUGUUGAACUUAGAAUCAGCUGCUGUGCCUCAGGACACAUUGAUGUCGGUUGCAUCCACUGAGCCCGACAGCAGGCUGACGAGCGUGGCUUGUGUGGCUUUUUUUGUGUUUGCACUCAGGACCUCCGGACUGCCUUGUGAAUGUGUGUUUGGAGGUCCCAGCAACGGCCAGACACGUCAUACUCCUCAGAAUGUGAAACCAAGACAGCCAAUAUGGCUAAAUGUAUGAUCCGUCUGUGGCGUUAUCAGAAGCUAUGAGGGUGUUUCAAAUGAGCCCUGCUGUACGCAUUGGGUCCUUGUUAUGCAAAACACAUUUUCUCUCCUUGAAAUGGACAGAUCUUUCUUUAGCUUGUUUGUGUUCUCCUGCUGGACCCUCAUACUAACUCCUGGUCACUUUUCACAGAAGUAGGAGGUUCUUCCAGCGUGUUCUAAUCAUCUGUUCCUUGCCUUCUUCCAGCUCCUGGAGCCAACACAAAGCUGUGGAUUUCCUUGUUUGACCUCAGUAUUGUUUUGAGUGAAAUGUUUUGGUAUCUUGUAUUCAGCAGUUCAUUUGGCGUAUUAGGUCCUUUUUUCCCAGUAGAACAGACUUGAACUGGUGGGGAAAUGCCCUUGCUGUCAAAAUGGAGGAGGCUGCAUCUGAGCGUGAAAAAACGAGUUUGGUUGUAGUUCACAUGUUGCCUUAGAGGUUGCCUGCAUUUAAGUGCUUGUUUUAUGGGACGACCUUAACAGAGUAAGAAAGCAACGCAUUUUUUAAUGUAAAGGGUGUGGUUACAAAUAUUUUCAUGUGAGAAAUCCGUGGAAUGGGUCUGUAAAGUGAUCAUGCCAAUGUUUCCUACAAGCUUUACAUGUACACUUGAUGGACUUUUAAGCCUCUGGCAUCCCCCAGAUAUGUUUGCACAGUCACUGGUUUAAGUCUGGUUACAUACAAGUGACAUUUUAUUUCUUUUUUAGAUUUGAUUUUUAAAGUGACAGACUUAAGGAGUCUUACUUUUAAAGUUCCCAGUCCCCCUCAUGAGAUGGAUGUAUCACACAUAUGUAAUUUAGAAGUGUUCCUACUUCAUGUGAAAAGGAGAUACGGAAAGCAUUCUGAAAUAAACUGAAUGGUAAAAAGA